AUGAGUGACUACGAGGCUUUGCUGCAGUUUAACAGGAAGCCUGUAUCUAUUGAGAUGGUUCAAUACCUUGCGUCUACAACAUCUUCCAUCAUUAAGGUUAAGAAGAACAGUAAUAUUGUGGAUUCACCUGCACCUCCACUAAUGAGAUUUAUUAAAACUCUGAUAUCCUAUUCUAAUGUGCAGACACCAACCCUAAUGGCUACAACGGUUUACUUGACUAAACUGAGGUCUAUUAUACCGGCAAACGUUUUUGGUAUCGAAACCACGAGGCAUAGAAUAUUUCUAGGAUGUUUGAUUCUGGCGGCCAAAACUCUAAACGAUUCAUCACCAUUAAACAAGCACUGGGCUUCUUAUACGGACGGGCUAUUACAUAUCAGGGAAGUCAAUACGAUUGAAAGGGAAUUAUUAGAGUACUUCGAUUGGAAUGUCUGCAUUACCACUGAGGAACUAGUGGCAUGCCUAUCACCUUUCCUACAAUCAAUCAAAGAGCACACUCUAAAACUAAGACAACAAGAAAUGAUGAUGUUCACUUCACCAACACCAAAAGAUCUCAAGAGCUACGUGUCGAGGUCACAAGUCGCACAUUCGAGGUCUUCUUCAAAUGGCUCAUUGCCAUCGUUGGCAUCAUCUGCCACUCUAUCUACCCUGGAUUCAAGAAGAUCGCAACAAUCCUACGACAGGUUUUACGCUAUUGAUGAAUUGGAAGAAUCACCAUCAAUAACAUCUGCUACACGUGCAAAGACUGCAGCAUACACACCUUAUAAAUCACCGCUAAGUGAUAAGGAAAAUAUUUAUAAUAAUGGUAAUCAAUAUGGGACUAUACCGAAGUCAGAUUCAAGUUCAAAGACUCGUCCAAUUAUCUUGAGAACAGGUUUGGAUAAACUGCCGGUUCACAGGACGAAUAAAAAAUCAAGUUGGCAAUCAAUCUUCAGGUAA